AUGGAUGCCGAUGGCAGUGUCACUCGUUUCGCUGCGUCUCUGCCCUCGCUAGUCUACGACCGGGGCCCUAUCUAUCUUGCAAUUGUUGUCACAUUGGUCCUAUUCGCUCUUUUGAUUUAUUCGCUACGCCUCUUCACUCGCGCAAAGCUCCUGCGCUCCUUCGGAGCCGACGAUGGUUUCAUGCUCCUGGCAACUCUCUGCUCAAUUGGCAUCUUCGUGACCUUUACCGGCGCUGUAGAGCUAGGAGUUGGGAAGCAAUAUGCCGAAUCAUCUUCGUCUGAAGAUGCCAUCCUUAUUUGCACAUCAGCCGAGGUGUUGUGCUCAUUGGAUUCAUAUGUAAGCCUGUCCAAGUGCAUGCACUGCGGCCGUCAUCCAAACCAACUUGGUACUCACGUCCUGGGUUGA